AGUAGAUGGUUGGUUUAGAGAGAGCAAUUUUCGACGUAAAAAAACGACAUAUGCGCUCAAUUUCGUGUAAUUUAGUUUCGGGUUAAUCUUCGGAUAGUUCUUAGUCAAUUACGGCGUGAAUUACACGUAUUAUCGCAGUAAUUUGCCCCGACUCAGCUUAUCACCCGGAUCGCGGGCCGUCGGCCGAUUUUCCGGAUUUUCCGCGAGUGCGUGAGUGACUCGACUUGAAACUGUGCUUCCAAGUGCUCAAUGUGUUGAACCUCGAGCCUCUCCAAAGUGGAUAACAAACCCUUCACGACGCUGAAUUUCACGGAUCUGGGGUCCCCGUUCGGGGGGCCUAACGAGGACCCUCCCGGGACACCCAACACGAUGUCGGGGGAGGCGCACAUAGGGCCACCGACGCCGCACGAGUCCAACAACUCGACGCCGGUGUCCAAGAGCGCCUUCAUCGAGCUGCAACAACACGGCUACGGGCCCUUGAGGACGUCCUACCAGCACCACUUUAACUCACCGGCGGGAAACGCGCACACGGGACCGACGGGCACCCACGACGGGGGCUUCCCGAGUCCCAGGGGGGCCCUCGGGGCCUAUCCCUUUCCGCCCAUGCACCAGAAUUCAUACACGGGAUACCAUUUAGGAUCAUACGCGUCCAAUUGUCCGCCUUCGCCCAAAGAUGAUGAAAAGUGUUUAUCGUUGGAGAGGCCGUCGGGCGGCGGCAAGGGCAAGAAGAUGAGGAAACCGAGAACAAUCUAUUCAAGUCUUCAGCUUCAGCAGUUGAACCGGCGGUUUCAAAGAACGCAGUACCUGGCCUUGCCCGAAAGGGCCGAAUUAGCAGCCAGUUUAGGUUUAACGCAAACCCAGGUCAAAAUAUGGUUUCAAAAUAGAAGAAGCAAAUACAAGAAGAUGAUGAAGGCGGCGCAGGUUUCGGGAGGCAAUAAUAAUAAUGGGACGCCUGGGGGUCAUUCGGGACUUCUGGGACCCAACUCGGCGCUGCCGUCGACGAGUCCAGGGCCACAAGGCCAAAACAUGAUGGCAGGGGGCGGAUCGUCGAGUGGUUCUCCAGCGACGGGGUACAUGCAGCAUUCGUCGCCGGCCCCCAGUUCGACCCCUGGUUCAGACAUGUCGGGUCAACCGGCAGCUAGUCCUGGCUGGGACGUCAAACCCCAGCAACCGAUACACCCGCCACCUCAUCCAGCGCCGCACCCACACCCGCCACACAACUACCUCCCACAAUACUCGUGGUACCCCACGGACAACCCCGGCCUUCUCACGGUGUGGCCAGCUGUUUAAUACUGCAGAAAGUGAUUAGUUACUAAUUAGGUCUAUGAAAAUUUGAAUAAAACAAACGGACGAACGGCGGCGACCAGUGGAGUGUACGAACGUUUUACAUAAAAAGUAAAAAAUCGUUGUUAUGUUUGGAUUGCGACUACAGUUAAACGAUCUCAGCUAAAGAAGAAGAGAAAUUCCAUCCUGUUUGAUAAAUAAAACACGAGUUCGGUGCAAUAUGAAGUAAGACGAUUCAAUCAACAUUUAACGUCUUGUGUUAAUUUAUUUUCCUAUCGGUGACGUUUUGUUGGUUUAGUUGUUGCGCUUUUUCAUUCCAAGCACGGAAAAAUUUGUAAAAUAGUGAUACGUACUAACGGAGAGUGUUGAAUUCGUUAAAUCUAUGGUAUAAAAGUGAUUGGCAUUUUGAGGUUUCCUAUAAUUUUACAAUAUUGUUUCGAACCUUUCACGAACCGACUCGAGAAACACUCGUUUUUGUACCAUGAGGUUGUUUUUUUUUGGUUGUUGGUGCGUUUUGUUGAAUAUGUAAGAUACAGUGAACGAGGGAAAAGUGGGCGAGCGAUUGUUGAGCUCGCAAGAACUUGACAACUUAAACUAAUUGCGCGAUUUGUCACUGUCGGUCUAUAAAAGUUUUAGUGAUUCCUUGUAUAGUAUAUUGUAAACUAUUAGUUGUUGAUGAUUGUGGUGAGUGUGAGACAGAAGAUGUACCUUAUUAUGUAAAGUAGUGUUUAUUGAAAACUGUCUAUAAUUUUAGGACGAAAUUAUUAUAAUUAUUAAAUGAAAAAAUAUUUCUAAAUGUGUAAAAUAUAUAUAAAUAACGAACUUUUAA